CACCGCCCCCCUGCCCUCGGUUUUGCUUUAUCUCCCUCGCUCUUUUCCCCUCUGUGGUCUCUCUCUCUCUCUCUUUCUCGCGCUAGCUAUUGAGAGGAGAAGAAGGGAGAGCUUGGAGAGCGUUGCGGCUGGUCUCUCUCUCCAGGAAUCUCGGAGAAGAAGAAGGGAGAGCUUGGAGAGCGUCGGGCCUGGUUUCUCUCUCCAGAAAUCUCGGAGAGGCCUCUAAAUUCCGAUGGACGAAGAGGGAGAGAGACAGAGAUCGGGAGAGAAUAUAGUAGAGAGGUCCGAGUCAUUGCAGGUGGUUCCUUUGGUUUGACUUGUGCGUGCCGGCUGCUCUCCCUCCUGCCUCCAUUUUCUUCUCUUUUUAUUUUUUUAUUUUUCCUCUGGCUGGCUCUUGUUCAUGGUUGGCGACUCCUUCCUUCCAUGAGCUACGACCCGGUCUCCACCGACCCCAUUCCAUUCUCGGUUCUUCUCCCUUCUUUUCUUCCGCGUUUCCUCCUUCCCUGCUUCCCCUGUUUCUGGCCGCAGUGGCCUUGGCUCCACGAAUCCAAUCCUAUCGAGGCAGUUCGAUCCAUUUCUCCUCCCUCGGUUAACUUUACUGCAUCGAAAUCCUCGUUUUGGUUUAUCGAAUUGGCCGUUCGUAUACGUUUUCGGGAUUAAAAUUGCAUCUUUUUAUGAUUCUCGCCGUCCCAAAACUGUCUCCUUUCUCGGAGAAGAAACGUCAAAAUUGUACUUUUUUAUCCCUUCGCGUUCGCAUAUUCCGAUUUGUCAUUCUUUUGGAACCCUGAAUCCAAUCUCUCUUUGAUUCAAGGCGUGGACUUUGAUUCUCCUAUUUUGGUCUGCCCAUGGGUUGCACGAGCUCGAAGCAGGCCCGCAGGGACCGGCGGCGGAGCCUGUCGCCGUACGCCCGGAGCUACUCCGUUCCCCUCGGCCCCGACGCGGGCGCCGGCUGCCGAAAGAAGGGCGACGGUUACCAUGUGGUCACCCUCGCAUCGUCCACCCUCGGCUCUCUCAAGCUCGACCGCGGCCCGAGACCCGACGAUCUCGCCGGCUCCGACGAGGAGAUGAUGAAGAGCUCCAACGACUGCGGCCGCGACCGCCUCGCUGAUGAGCUUGGCAAGGCCAAGGCCUGGUCGGAGAUGAUCGAGCAUCGGAUCCCGAAGACCCCCACCAAGACCCCGCCCAACGAGCCGGAGACCAUCAACGCCUGGGAGCUCAUGGAGGGCCUCGAGGACACCAGCCCCCUCCGCCCCACCUCCGCCGCCGACCGCUCCUUCUCGUUCCACACCACCCGCGACGCCCUCCCGGCGCCGGGGUCCCUCCCAAGUUCCAAAUUGGCCAAUGGAUGCUUAUCCCCGAAGCCCGGCUGGAUGCAGCUAGGCCCCGGCGAUUCCAUCAUCUCCGACUUCGAUCCCGAGAUCCUCGCCACCUUCCGGAACGUCCUUGAGGAGUUCUCCCCGCCGCACCCAGCCCUCGAACGGCAUCUUGAGCCGCCAGAGAAGGUGACAGAUUGCAGACAUUCCGGCGAUAUGCCGAAAUUCCAAGGAAUUGUUCGAGCUCGGAUCAACGCAUUCCAAGAGAGAAUCGAUGCGAGGAGGGCUAGCUUCAAUUCCAAUGCCGCAAAGGUGACGCCUUUGGAUAAAUGCCCACCGGGCGGCCAGGGGAAGGUGGUGUUCUACUUCACAAGCCUCCGAGGAAUUCGAAAGACUUACGAGGAUUGUUGGGCAGUGAGGGUGAUACUACAAGGCUACGGUGUUCGCAUCGACGAGAGGGACGUCUCGAUGCAUGGGGGAUUCAAGGAGGAGCUGAAGGAGAUACUCGGGGCCGAGUAUGGCAGCGGGAGACUCCCAAGAAUCUUUGCAGAUGGGAAGUACUUAGGAGGGGCCGACGAGGUGCGCCAAAUGCACGAGGCCGGAGAACUGGGCACGGCUGUGGAGGGCUGCGAGAUGGCGGCGGUGGGGAAAGGCGGCGGCGUCGUGGAGGCGUGCGAGGGGUGCGGCGGUGUGAGGUUCGUACCAUGCGAGACUUGCUCAGGGAGCUGCAAGGUGUAUGUGGUGGAGGACGGCAAGGAGGAGGAGGAGGAAGCGGGGUUCCGGCGGUGCCCCGAUUGCAAUGAGAAUGGCCUCGUCCGGUGCCCGCUGUGCUGUUGAGGAUCGGUAGGUUUAUUCUGGGGAGUUGCAGAGUGUUCUAGCGAGGUGUUUGAUGGAUUGUUGUAAUAUCUAUAGAGAGGAGACGAACAAGUGCAGGGCCAAGAGAGUCUAUAAAGUUUUGAAAGGUUCCCAGUUAUGUCUUUAUGGCUUUAUUCUUUUCUUUUCUUUUUUCUUUUUGAGUGGAGAAGACAGAAGAAUUGAAGUGCAUUGAUAUGUAAUAAAAAGAAUAAAAAAAAAGAACCAAUACAACCUAGAUUUAGGUUACUUCUGGUUCUUGUCUUUAGUUCUUAAUAUUUCUCUUGAAAACUUUGUUUUAUAUAUUUCUGUUACUUCUUGUUGCUC